UUUUUCAUUUAAAAAAUCUAAAUACUUUUGUUUUCUCGAUUAAAAACGCAUUAACGCGUGUCAUGAAAUUGCUGUCUAGAAGUUUUAAUUAACAUACUUUAGUAUACCGCAUUACGCAAUUUAGUAUACCGCAUUACCAGUUAUACAACUAAUGAUUUUUGGCAAUAUUUUACUAACGACUUAAUUUGUCAUAUUGAAAUUUACUAUACAUAACCAACAAUUUUAUCGAUAUUUCUUUUUUCGCAGUAUCACUCUACUAUUCAUAUUGUUUUAAAAAUAUCAAUAUCGAUAUCAAAAAUGGCAUGUAAAAGAUCUAAAGAUAAACCUUCGGAAUGCAACAGCUUUCUUCAAAGCUCUAAACGGAUGGGCCAAGUUGCAACGCACAUUCUUACUGCAGAAUCAGAAGUAGAAAUUGAUUUUAAAACAUCAAAAAAAAACAAAACAAGAAAACUCCUUUAAGUCAACAAAACAGAAAAAGAAAAAAAAAAUUAUUUUUGAAGAACCUCCUUUACCAUCAUUACCAUUAUGGAAGCCACCAAAGCUUCCUGAUUCCGAUUCAAACUUUUUGUCCCUCUGCCUCAAUGGAUCAAGUAGAUGACUUGCCAGUUACACAGAUAGUGUUUCCAUCAGAAAUGCAGUCUGUUUCACAAGCUCAACCGUUACUGCAUUCAUCUUCUUCCUUUUCUUUACCAUCUCAAAAAACUGGGAUAGACCAAAAAAAUAACUUUAUUCGGAAAGCAAAUGUUGAACCCAAUACUGUUGAAGGCAUUCAAUUUAUAGUGAACUCCAUGUACAGAAAACUUUGUGGGUUGGAAACAGAAAUGCGUUCCAUGCGUUCAAUUUUAGACACUAAUCAUGGUAAUAAAGAAAAUAUUAAUAUAGAUUAUUUACCAGCUUAUUCAGUUGAAGAGUUUAACUCUAAUGAUAAAGAUAUCAUUUGCAGAAAGUUAAAGCAAAUUGAUGGGAGAAAUGUAAGUGACUUUUUAAAAAAUGCUUUAAAAGCUUGUUUAACAGACAAGCUGUGCUGCAGCAUUAAUCGAACUGGUGCAGAUAAAAAGCGUAGGUUUAUAGGACCAGUCGAAAGUUUGAUUUUUGAUGCAGCUUACUGUUUAUUUCCAACUGCCACUGAAUCCAGUAUGACUACAAUAAUUGCGAAACACUUGAAAUAGUCUGAAGAUCGUUAUUUUGCUGCAA